ACACCAUGAUCACCUACCACCACGACCAGAUAUUUCUUCCCUUUUUUAAUGCUCAACUUGACUAACCAUAGGGCACUAAUGAUCACUAUAUAAACACACUUGGAAAGGUAAGAAAAUUGUAUUUGAUCGUACCAGUACUUUUGUUGGUAUUUUUGGGGAUCCUCAUAUAUAGCAGAGAAAGAAAUGGCUCAAAAUCUCAGUGGAAGAUGGUCUCUUCAGGGAACGACCGCUCUUGUCACUGGUGGAUCCAAAGGAAUCGGGUAUGCUAUCGUGGAGGAACUGGCAGCGCUAGGAGCGUCUGUGCAUACAUGCUCUAGAAAUGAAGCCGAGCUUAACGAAUGCUUGCGCGAGUGGGAGAAGAAGGGUUUCCGAGUCACCGGCUCGGUGUGUGACCUUGUGUCUCGACCCCAACGAGAGGAGCUCAUGAAAACCGUUUCUCAUCACUUUGAAGGCAAACUCAAUAUCCUUGUAAACAAUGUGGGAACCAACAUAAAGAAACCAACCGUAGAGACGACAGCUGAGGAUUUCUCAUUCAUUGUCACAACAAACCUCGAAUCUUCUUACCACAUGUGCCAACUUGCACAUCCUCUGCUGAAAGCAUCAGGUGGUGGAAGCAUUGUUUUCAUUUCUUCUGUUGGAGGACAUGUGUCUAUAAGCACUGGAUCUGUUUAUGAAGCAAGCAAAGGAGCUGUAAACCAACUUACAAAAAGUUUGGCAUGCGAGUGGGCAAGAGAUAAUAUCAGGAGCAAUUGCGUUGCACCUUGGGCCACCAGAACUCCUUUAGUUGAAAAUGAUCUUAAAGGAAAACUUUUGGAACUAGUAAAUUUCCGGACUCCUCUUGGACGACCUGGAGAGCCAGAGGAGGUGUCAUCCUUGGUAGCUUUUCUCUGCCUGCCAGCAGCGUCUUACAUAACUGGGCAGAUCAUUUACUUGGAUGGAGGGAUGACUGUGAAUGGAUUCUCCUUAUAAUAGUGAAGAGCCUGAGGCCCAAUUCCCUACUCAAUUAUAUAUGUAGGAACUGAAUAAAACAUUUCCAUAUUCAAGUUGCUCGAACUAGUAUGUUUGUGUCUAGUUUCAGUUUUUAUGUAAGUUUGGUUCUGCCAUUUUUUGUAACUUUCAAGUUUUUAUCUGUAACUGGUAUUUUUCCAUCAAAAGUGAGAUCUACUAAACGACAUCAUCCUCCUUAAUAAAAGAAAAAACAAAGAAAAGUUGUUUAUAA